UCUUUCCUUGAUUUCACAACGAUCCUUCUAUCUCUCUGCUACUUCAAGGACGAAUCCAAACGAUGUAUUCUUGCGCUUCGCUGAAGAGAUCUGCGACCUUGGUCCACCUACUCCCCGGGAUCCAGCACUUGAACUAUCGUUCCAUUUUCAAUCAAGCAGAAGGCUUGUCUUCGUCUUCAUCGAGCUUGUUUGCUUCGUCGAGCAUUGUGGAAGAUAAGUGGGAAAACUCUGGUUUUGGAUUCUUUCUCAAGUCCGUUUCAGGGAUUGCCGUCGGUUCGGGCUUAGGGUUCUUGUAUUGGUAUUCUUCUUUUUCUUCUACAACUUUAGCCGAUUGCUCGACUGCAACAAAGACCACAGCGGAGGAGGAUCCGCAGCUUCAUUCUAGUAUUCAAGAUGCGGCUGAGGGGAAAAAAUUUCGGUACCUCUUUGGAGAUGCAUUUAGGAGGAAGGUUUUCUUUAAAUAUGAAAAGCGCAUCAGGAUGCGAAGUCCUCCCGAAAAGGUUUUUGAGUAUUUUGCAUCUUUUCGGCAUCCAGGAGGGGAGGUAUUCAUGACACCGGCAGACUUGAUGCGAGCAGUUGUUCCUGUAUUUCCUCCAUCUGAAUCAAAUCUCAUUAGAGAAGGGUAUUUGAAUGGGGAGAGGAGCCCUGGCGAGUUGCGAUGUGAUCCUUCAAACUUUUUUAUGCUUUUUGAUACUAAUAAUGACGGAUUUAUAUCUUUUGCAGAGUAUAUCUUUUUUGUAACACUCCUCAGCAUCCCAGAAUAUAGCUUCUCCGUGGCAUUCAAAAUGUUUGACAUUGAUCAUAAUGGAGAGAUAGACCGGGAGGAAUUUAAGAAAGUGAUGGCUUUGAUGCGAUCUUAUAACAGGCAAGGUGUUCAUCAUAGGGAUGGACGGAGAACUGGGCGUAAAGUUGGGACUUCUGUUGAAAAUGGGGGUUUGCUGGAAUACUUCUUUGGCAAGGAUGGGAAAGCACGCCUCCAACAUGGAAAAUUUAUCGAAUUUUUGAGAAAUUUACAUGAUGAGAUCUUGCGGUUGGAGUUUGCUCAUUAUGAUUACAAUUUAUGUGGAACCAUAUCGGCAAAGGACUAUGCUCUGUCCAUGGUUGCUUCAGCUGACAUGAGCCAAAUAAACAAGUUCCUUGACCGGGUUGAAAAACUGAACAAUGAACCACGUCUUAGAGACAUCCGAAUUACAUGGGAGGAAUUCAAGGAUUUUGCGGAGCUACGGAAAAAUCUGAAGCCAUUGUCUCUGGCAAUUUUUGGUUAUGGAAAAGUAAAUGGUUUAUUGACAAGGAAGGAUUUCCAACGAGCUGCAUCCCAUGUGUGUGGUGUGCAUCUCACCGACAAUGUGGUUGACAUCAUUUUCCACAUGUUUGAUACGAACCAUGAUGGGAAAUUAAGUGCAGAAGAGUUUGUGAGAGUUUUAGAGAAACGGGAGAAAGACAUUGCUGAGCCAAUUGAGGCAGGUUUCAUGGGAUUGAUUUCUUCCUGGCUAAGCCGUUCAAAGAGUCACUCGUUAGCUUGAGAGCAUGUCUGACGCAUUAAGUACUGCAUGACCAUUAAAGCUUACAUAGAGGCGUUAACCUUUGGCUCUGAUAUCUUGGGAGAUUGGGAGAUUACUGUACAGUGCUGGGUAUUAGUUACAAGAAUAAGUCCCGUCU